UUUAUGAGAAUAAGUUCAGUUUUGCAUCGAAUCUGAUUGUUUCCUCGUAAUUUUUACCUGUGAUGUUCUCCAAUAAGCUUUGAAUUCAACAAGAUGACAGCAAUCAAUCGAAACAAUCACGGAUUCGCGAAAAGCAAAGAAAUUACCACCACUCGCACUGAAGAUGGUUUCGUGGCGAAGAUAAGGUGGCCCGAUUUCCUGGUCCAAAUCUUCAUCCACGGAGGAUGUCUAUACGGAUUUUAUUUAGCCCUCUUUGAGGCUCGUUUCUAUACAAGUCUAUUCGCCUUCUGCACGGUAUACACUUCCGGUUUCGGGAUCACCGCCGGCGCCCAUCGCCUCUGGUCCCAUCGAGCCUACAAAGCCAGCUGGCAGUUGAGACUGCUUCUCAUCAUCCUCUUCACCAUCACCGGACAGCGUGAUGCUUAUACUUGGGCCCUGGACCAUCGAGUGCAUCACAAGUACAGCGAAACCAAUGCGGAUCCGCACAAUGCGAAGCGCGGUUUCUUCUUCAGCCACGUCGGAUGGCUUUUCCUGACUCCUCACCCCGACGUCGUGGCCAAACGGAAGACCAUCGACAUGAGCGAUUUGGAAUCAGAUUCAAUUGUUAUGUGGCAAAAGAGAUUAUAUCCGGUGCUAUUCGCACUCUUCGUGAUCAUCCUUCCAGUCUUCAUGCCCGUAUACCUGUGGAACGAGACCAUCUGGAACUCGUUCUGGGUGAACUUCAACACCAGAUUCUGCAUCACCCUGAACAUUGCGUUCUUCGUGAACAGCGUUGCUCACAUGUGGGGACAGAAGCCGUACGAUAAAUACAUCAGUUCCGUUGAAAAUCUCGCUGUUUCCGUUGCGGCUCUCGGCGAGGGUUGGCACAAUUACCAUCACGUCUUUCCCUGGGAUUACAAAACCGGGGAGCUCGGCAACUCUUACAAUCCUUCCACGCAUUUCAUCGACUUCUUCGCUCGAAUUGGAUGGGCUUACGAGAGGAAGAGCGCAACCGGAGAGAUGGUAGCAAGGAGGGCGAAGAAAUCGGGAGAUGGAAGUUACGUCUAUGAGAACGAGGAUGAUCCUAAUGUCUGGGGUUACGGUGAUGCUGAUAUCCCUGGAGAUGAUAUGCAGGAGCUACAGGAUAUGAAGGAUUAGCCAUAAUUCGUUGUUUCUUCUUAAUUAUUCUGUUUUUUUUUGUUCUUUGAUUAGUAGUAUUAUUAACACUUUUAAGUCGAUGCUAGUCAUAUGACCUCCCGACCAAAAACGUAUUUAAUUCCUUUUGUAUAAUAUAUAUUUUAUUAAACGGUUUUUGAAACGUU